UAAUCCAGAACGACUAGUGGCAAACCAGAGAGUAAAAGCUCACGCCAUGGCCAGAACCUAGAGAAACGAUUCCGUUUUCAGAGACUAAAGGAGAAAGAAUGGGAACUGGUGCGUCGAAGAACAUGGAGGAUGGGACCAAUGAUAGCGAGGAGAGAGAAGAGGGACACUCUGGCGGACAGCUCUAUGUUUCAUUGAAGAUGGAGAAUUACAGACUCAAAGGCGAGCUUCUCCCUCACGUCUAUGGAUCCGUCCCUCUCAUCGGCUCUUGGGACUCUUCUAAAGCUCUCUCCAUGGAACGUGAAUCAGCUUCAAUGUGGGAAUUGAGCUUUGUUGUUCCUCCGAACCAUGAGACCUUGGAUUUUAAGUUCCUUUUGAAGUCGAAGUACAGCAACACACCUUGUGUGGUGGAGGAAGGUCCAAACCGGCUUCUCACUGGAGGAACACUGGAAGGGGAUGCUAGACUGGCAGUUUUUAGGCUAAAUGCUGAUGAAGUUGUGGAGUAUAGAGUAUUCAUUAAAGCUGAUAGAGUUUCACCAUUUGAUCUCGCUGCGAGUUGGAGAGCUUAUCAGGAGAAUCUCCAGCCUUCUACUGUUCGUGGGAUUCCUGAUGUUAGCAUCAAUUCAAUGCCACAGAUGGGUGCUGAGAAUGGCUCUUCGGCAAGUUUGGAGCUUGAUCUUGAGCACUAUUUAGUUCCAGCUCCAUCAACUUCUGCAAAUACUGGUCUGGUGUAUGCAGCUAACAAUACGGAGACUCCUAGAUCUUUAACCCGUUCUGGGAUCUUUUCCAACACCGACGGUUUAGGCAGUGGUUCACAUUCCUUGAAGGAUAGGGGCGUUUUUGUUGAUCGACCUGCAACUAUUAAGGAGAUGGAGGUCAUUGUUCCAGAUACAUCCAGUGUGUGUUCAGGUUCUGGGAUGGUUGAAUCAAAGUCAGUGGGGACCUUUUCACCUUUGCAAAAGCAAGAUCAUAGGGGACUUUUUGUGGAUAGGGGCGUUGGAUCUCCUAGGCUUGUUAAAUCAGCUAGUGCAAGUACUUUUUCUAGUGAUCUCAAACUGGAUACAGAAACCAAGAAUACGAUGCCAGCAGCUGCCGGAGCUGUUGCAGCUGCAGCUGUGGCUGAUCAGAUGCUUGGACCAAAGGAGCACAGACAUCUGGCAAUUGUCCUGGUUGGUUUGCCAGCUCGAGGCAAGACAUUCACUGCAGCUAAACUUACAAGAUAUCUACGUUGGUUGGGCCAUGAUACCAAACACUUCAAUGUUGGGAAGUAUCGGCGUCUUAAGCAUGGAACUAAUCAGUCUGCUGACUUUUUCCGAGCUGACAAUCCUGAAGGACUUGAUGCACGCAAUGAGGUAGCAGCUCUGGCAAUGGAAGACAUGAUAUCUUGGAUGCAAGAAGGUGGCCAGGUAGGAAUCUUUGAUGCCACAAACAGCACCAGGCAACGAAGAAACAUGCUGAUGAAGAUGGCCGAAGGAAACUGUAAGAUAAUUUUUUUGGAAACAAUAUGCAACGAUGAACGCAUUAUUGAGAGAAAUAUACGUCUAAAAAUUCAACAAAGCCCUGACUAUGCAGAAGAGCCAGAUUUUGUUGCUGGAAUGCAAGACUUUCGAGAUCGGCUAGCCAAUUAUGAAAGAGUCUACGAGCCAGUAGAAGAAGGAUCUUACAUCAAAAUGAUUGAUAUGGUCAGUGGAUAUGGAGGACAAAUACAGGUUAACAAUAUCAGUGGCUACCUCCCUGGAAGAAUUGUCUUUUUCUUGGUGAAUACACAUCUUACGCCUCGCCCAAUUCUACUUACUAGGCAUGGGGAGAGUCGGGAUAACGUUAGGGCCAGAAUUGGGGGUGACUCAGUCUUGAGUGAUGCUGGAGAAAUUUAUGCAAAGAAGCUUGCUCACUUUGUUGAAAAGAGACUGAAAUCUGAGAGGGCUGCUUCUAUCUGGACGAGCACACUACAGAGAACAAUUCUGACAGCAAGUCCAAUUGUUGCAUUUCCUAAGAUACAAUGGCGCGCCCUUGAUGAGAUAAAUGCUGGAGUCUGUGAUGGAAUGACAUAUGAAGAGAUAAAGAGAAACAUGCCCGAGGAGUACGAGUCACGUAAGAAGGAUAAGCUGAGGUAUAGGUAUCCACGCGGAGAAUCUUAUCUGGAUGUUAUCCAAAGGCUAGAACCUGUAAUCAUUGAGCUUGAGCGGCAAAGGGCACCUGUUGUAGUAAUCUCCCAUCAGGCAGUAUUGAGAGCAUUAUAUGCUUAUUUUGCUGACAGGCCUCUGAAAGAAAUUCCACAUAUUGAGGUUCCGCUUCACACCAUAAUAGAGAUUCAAAUGGGAGUCACUGGAGUCCAAGAGAAGAGAUACAAGCUCAUGGACUGAAAAUGGCCAUGUACACUUUUUGUUUGGGUAAUUACAAAAAAUGCUCAACCAAUUUCAAUUCCAUUCUUUAGCAAGAUGUAAGAUUGAUGGAAAACCAUUAUGUGUCUUCCUAACUUUUUUUUUUUUAAACUUUUUCUAUGGGUAACUUUUUCUAUAGGGGGAAAUCCUAAACCUAUACGGUAUAGUUUUUCACUUAGUUAUAUAGUUGUACCAUCAGAAACGUGAUGCCUUUGUGUAUGGCAUUCUUCACCCAUAUAGAAUGAUCAGUGGCCGGAGAGAAUUGUAUCGGCCAUUCUUAAUUCUGUAAUUAUCGGCAUGCAUAAAUUUUUCGGCA